GGGGGAUGCCCCGGGAGGGGGGCCCGUCUGCGGAGCGAUGCGGGUGGCAGCGGCGGGGCGCUGCGGGCUCCGCGGGCGCUUUGGGCGGCGGUGCCCCGAGCCGUCGGGGUGCGGAGGGCGGCGGGCAGGGCGGGCAGGGUUUUCAAAGCCUCUUCCCGUAGCGUAAACAGUUCGCGUUCAGAGCUGCCCGCAGCGGGGUCCCGCAGCAGAGACACUCGGGCAUAAACAGUUUGCAUAACACUUCCUCGGUCGGUUGCAAGCCGAGUGCCAAUUUUCUUCUUUAAAAAGAAGAAAAAACCCAGAUGAGAAACAAACAUUUAAUCAGGCACAAGAUAUAAACGAAACAUCACAAGCCAUGUGUUGCUAAAAUGCUUAAGCAGGAAGCAUAUGAUUUUCCAUGGAUGUUUUACAGGUCUGGGCGGUGUGGCAGGAGCGAGCAGCCCCUGUGAAAAGGCCUGCAACCCCCGCAUGGGCAACCUGGCGCACGGGCGGGCGCUGCGCACGGAGACGUCCUGCGGGCGUGACGCCGCCGAGCCCUUCUGCACCUACACCGAGGACACCGAGCGCCGCUGCAAGCGCCCCACCUGCGGCCGGUGCAGCCGAGCCCACGCGGGGCUGGCACACCCCCCCGCCGCCAUGGCUGACUCCCCCUUCCGCCUGCCCCGCACCUGGUGGCAGGCAGCCCGGGAUGCCCACAGCGAGACCAUCCAGCUGGACCUGGAAGCCACCUUCUACUUCACUCACUUGAUUAUGGUCUUCAAGUCGCCCAGGCCGGCUGCCAUGGUGCUGGAGCGCUCCCAGGACUUCGGUGAGACGUGGAAGCCUUACAAAUACUUUGCUGCUAACUGCUCAGCCACCUUUGGGCUGGAGGAUGAUGUGAGACAGAGAGGAGCCAUUUGCACUUCUAGAUAUUCGAGUCCCUUCCCCUGCACUGGAGGAGAGGUGAUAUUCCGAGCCCUGUCACCGCCCUAUGCCGCAGAGGACCCUUACAGUGCGGAAGCCCAGGCGCAGCUGAAGAUCACCAACCUGCGAGUGCGGCUGCUGGAGCGACAGGGCUGCCCCUGCCUCCCGGCCCCCCAGUCCCCACAGCCCACGCCAUCCCUGCACUUUGCCAUCUAUGACUUCAUCGUGAAGGGCAGCUGCUUCUGCAAUGGCCACGCCGACCACUGCAUUCCCGUUGCUGGAUUCAAGCCCGUCAAGGCAGCUGGUGUUUUCCAUGUGGUCCAUGGGAAAUGCAUGUGCAAGCACAACACAGCGGGGUCCCACUGUCAGCACUGCGCUCCGCUCUACAACGACCAGCCUUGGCAGGCUGCCGAUGGCAAAACUGGAGCCCCCAGAGAGUGUCAGUCGUGCAAGUGUAACGGGCAUGCCGACACUUGUCAUUUUGACAUGGAUGCAUGGCUGGCAUCAGGCAAUCGCAGCGGCGGCGUCUGUGACAACUGUCAGCACAACACAGAAGGGCAGCACUGCCAGCGCUGCAAGCUGGGCUUCUACCGGGACCUCAGGAAGCCCUUCUCUGCCCCAGAUGCCUGCAAACCUUGCUCAUGUCACCCCCUGGGAUCAGCUGUGCUCCCCCUGGGCCCCCGCACCUUCUGCGACCCCAGCACUGGCGACUGCCCCUGCAAGCCUGGCGUGGCGGGACCCCGCUGUGACCACUGCCUGCCCGGCUACUGGGGCUUUGGAGCCUACGGCUGCCGCCCCUGCGACUGCGCCCGCAGCUGCGACCCCCACACCGGCGACUGCCACAACAGCAGCUCAGACGUGACCUGGCACAAUGAACCACCUCCUUUCCAGCCAGUGCUCAACGAGAGUGAGCCCACCUGGGGCUGGGAGGAUGAGCAGGGCUUCUCAGCGCUCCGACACUCCGGUAAAUGCGAAUGUAAAGAGCAAGUUUUAGGGAAUCCCAAGGUCUUCUGUGGGAUGAAGUACACCUAUGUGAUCAAGGCGAAGAUCUUGUCAGCUCAUGACAAAGGCUCCCAUGCAGAAGUCAAUGUGAAGAUUAAGAAAGUCUUGAAAUCUACAAAGUUGAAGAUUCUCCGGGGCAAGAGGACACUCUACCCUGAAUCCUGGACUAACAGAGGCUGCACUUGUCCCAUCCUCAAUCCCGGCUUGGAGUAUCUCGUGGCAGGACACGAGGACGUCCGAACGGGCAGACUCAUCGUCAACAUGAAAAGUUUUGUCCAUCAGUGGAAGUCGGCUCUCGGAAGAAAGGUCUUGGAGAUUUUGAAAAGAGACUGCAACUAGACGUGUGCAACAGUCUAGGGAGUUUCUUUAUGCACAAAAUGCAACACCCUUCACAGAGAGAAGACCUCUAGGAUGAAAACUGGAAUGUAAGAAAAUAGUGCCAAAAUGUGUAGUGAGGCAUUCAGAGUUGUAGGCGCUGUCUAAUUUAACCCCUUCUAGCCAAUGUUCAUUCACUUGCCUGUAGCUUCCUUGUUAGGGGCUUAGCUGAGCCCACCUCAUCAUGUUGUUGAGAGAAAUGGAAGGGCAGAUGCUUGUCUUGCUCCAGUGCAAUGUUGGAGUAACUCCUGUGAAGCCACUGAUCACCCAAGACUAAAUUGCCACCCUGGAAGAGCUACAGAUAAGAAGCAAAACACCACUGCCAGUGCCCACUAGUGCGGAUCUUGAGUGACUUCCAGAGGCUCACAGAGAAUGCUGUGGGGAAGGCGAUGGCCACAGCGGUGGACAGGCACUGGCAGCAGCGUGGCAAUGAUGACCGCGCUUCAGAAACACCCCCUUACAGGUUAGGACAUGGCACCCAUCAAAGAGAAUUGGAUGCCACUUGCUUUUAACCUCUUUGCCCUGCUGAAGGUUUCAGGGGCUAGAUUUUCUGCUGAUGCUGUUGAGGACAGAGCUGCUGCAGUGGAUUGAAUCCUUCUGCUUUGGCACAAGUGUGACACAGGGCAGAGGCCAGCUCUCUGCCCACUGCCUGGCUACAGAGAAGAGCCAGCUCCAGAGGGUGCAGCAUCUCGGAGCUUUUGUCCUUGAAGUGUUAAAAAAUGAACCUAGCCCUAGUGUAAAUAUUUCGUUGUAUAAAGCACUUUACUACCUGCCACUCCACAGUGCGGGAAGUCUAAUUGUGUUGGGGAAAGAAGAGUCUGAAGGUAGCAUGUGAAAAAGCCCCUGAAACAGAAGCACUCCUGAAGAAUCCCCCCUCAGUUGGAUAGCGGUAUAAAGGGAACGGCCAGCCUGGCAAUGGCCACUCAGAAUAUCUGAGGAUGCAAGAUGAAAGAUAAGGUAUUUGCACUGAAGUCCCAGCUUCAGACCAGCACUUGGACUCCAUGGGCAGGACUCCACCAAGACUUUGUAAACAGUGUGAGAAGAAGAGACUUUAAGAUAAAAAUGCAAUAGCCAGAGGAGUAAAACUCUGGUUGCAGGAAAAGGAGUGGAUGCGGAGAACAGAAAGGACUUGCAUUCACAUAUCACAACUCAGCGAUUCAUGGUGGGCCUGGAGUUUAUUUUAUUUUUAUGUUAGUAUUUAAAACUGAACAUUUUAUUUGUUUUCUUCUGUGAUAUUGUUUGCAAUAUAUAUGGCCAUUAUACUUCCUCAUUAACAUCAGUAUGAAAUAUAGCACAGAUUACUGCAGUUUUCAGCACUAAAAUAUAUCCUUUGUGUAAAGCAUCUUUAAACCACAUUGCAAAAUGUAUUUUGUUCAUGAAUGUGAGGGGAAAGAAAAGGAAGAGACCUAGAACAACAGAAAAGUCACAAGUGUGCCAAUCCACUUUACGUAUGUAUUUUUCUUUCAAGGUCCUGUGGACUCACAAAAAAAAUUAUACUAUUUUGGUAAUUUGUUUUUAUAUCUCAUGUAUGUAAUAAAUGUAAAAUGAUUUAA